AUGACGGUCAAUAUUGACAAAUCACAACUGGAAAAAUGGGGCCUAAGGGCCACCAUUGAUCCCACAGAUGGCCAAUUUACGGGAAAGCUCUACUGUGAAAAGAUGGAUUUCUACUUCAAUGUUCCCGAAGAGUUACUCAACGCUGAUGUGAUCCAUAUCCUGCAGUCAGAUCCAGAAAAGGCGGUCCCAGUGGAUUCCGCGAGAGCGAGUAGCGAUGCCUUGACACCUUGCAAAGAUAUUCAGCCCAUCGAUAGGAUGAAUUGGAUCACCUCCUUCUCAUGCGUUGUAGAUCUCUUACAGGACAAGAAGACGAAUGAGACCGCUAUGAGACCCUAUAUACACGAUGUGGUCUCUCGACUUCCAAACCUCUGGUUUACUAGGGAUGGCGACAAGGACGUAUUGGAGGAGUGUUUAACGACUCUACUCUUACAGCAAUCACCAUCUACGGACUCAGAUAUUAAUAACGAUAAGUCGGUUGCAAAUCUGGAUUUCAAAGAUUCCAAAGAAAACUUGUAUUGGGUAGUGGAUCGAGCAGCAAGGCACAUACGUAGCAACCGCAUUGAUCGGGCAAAGAAAUUUCAAUCAAUUUGGAGUUUACUUGGUGCGCAACUGCCGAAGUGGAGAGUUCAGGGGGGAGAACCGAGAUCAAUGUAG